GAGAUCCCAAGUCCAGAUAAGUCGUGAGCAAGGAAAGAGACUCACUUGAUCUCAGUGGCAACUUUCUUUUCUCCUGCUUAUCUACGUGGGGCAUUGGACUCGGUUGGCCCAGUGUGUUUCCAGCGCUGAGACGCCAGCUGUGUUCCUGACCCCUGAAUAAAUCAGGGCCACAGGGAGCCUGGCAGAGCUCUGGACACAUUUCCUGUCACGGCCUAGGGGAAGCAGUUGGCCAAGUGAGUCUGGUGGGGAGUUUUGGCUGCUGGAGGAUGAGGGUUCAGGAGAGGGGAGGGGAGGGCACACAUGAUGGUAGAAAGGGCUGUAGAGGGCGGUGACUGCACAGGCAGAUUGGUUCCCUCGGACAAGCCAGGGACUUGGGAGCAGUUGUGCACCCUGAGUCUCCAGGAUGAGGCCAGCUCUUGCCCUGUGCCUCCUCUGUCCUGCGUUCUGGCCCAGGCCAGGGAGUAGUGAGCACCCCACCGCAGAUCGCGCUGCCUGUUCAGCCUCGGGGGCUUGCUACAGCUUGCACCACGCUACCAUCAAGAGGCGGGCAGCCGAGGAGGCCUGCAGCCUGCGCGGCGGGACUCUCAGCACCGUGCACUCGGGCUCCGAGCUGCCAGCAGUGCUGGCUCUCCUGCGUGCGGGUCCCGGGCCUGGCGGAGGCUCCAAGGACCUUCUGUUCUGGGUGGCUCUGGAGCGUGGCCGUUCCCAGUGUACGCUAGAGAGAGAGCCACUGAGGGGUUUCUCCUGGCUGUCCUCGGACACAGAUGACUCGGAGGACGACACACUGCCGUGGGUGGAGGAACCACAACUUUCCUGCACCGUGCGAAAGUGCGCGGGACUCCAGGUCACCGGGGGAGUGGAGCCUGCAGGCUGGAAGGAGAUGCGCUGUCACCUGCGCGCCGAUGGCUACUUAUGCAAGUAUCAGUUUGAGGCCCUGUGUCCCAUGCCGCGUCCCGGAGCUGCCUCUAACUUGAGUUUCCGAGCGCCUUUCCGGCUGAGCAGCUCCGCGCUGGACUUCAGCCCUCCUGGGACUGAGGUGAGUGUGAUAUGUCCCGGGGACCUCUCUGUCUCCGCCACCUGCAUCCAGGAAGAGACAAGAGCGCGCUGGGACGGGCUUUUCCCUGGGGCCGUGCUCUGCCCUUGCUCUGGGAGGUACCUUCGCGCUGGCAAGUGUGUGGAGCUCCCUGACUGCCUAGACCACUUGGGAGGCUUCGCCUGCGAAUGUACUGCAGGCUUUGAGCUGGGGAAGGACAGACGCUCUUGUGAGGCCAAACGGGAAGGACAGCCAACCAUUCCUGGAACCGAGCUGCCCACCAGGCACGUAUCAGUCACUCCAGCCAGCCCAGUGACAAACAGAACGUUGCCAGGCAAGCUAGGAGAGAAGCCCCAGAUCACUGGACAAGACAGUUUUGCCACAUCUAUUCCUGAGAUUCUUCAGUGGGGAACACAGAGUACCUUACCUACUGUUCAAAAAUCCCCACAAGCCAAGCCAAAAGUCACCGUCACACCAUCAGGAAGCAUGAUCCCCACAUUGAACUACACAUCCCCCUCUGUUUCCCCGACUUUUGACUCCUCCACCGUGGUCUUCAUACUUGUGAGCAUAGCAGUAAUAGUGUUGGUGAUUUUGACCAUGACAGUGCUGGGACUUUUCAAACUCUGUUUCCACAAGAGCCCUUCCUCCAGGACAAGGAAGGAAGCUUUGGACUCACGGGGUGUGGAAAGCAAUGCUGAGGCCACUGCUUUGAGCCCCAAUUCUACACAUUGUACUGACAAUGGGGUAAAGGUUGGGGACUGUGGUCUGCGGGGCCCAGCUGAGGGUGCCUCACUGGCUGGGUCCUCUCUUGGCUCAGGGGACACCUAGGUAAACAACCCAAUGGGCGCGUCUUGUGCAGACUUUCAAUUCCAAUAAACGGGGAAAAAGAGAUUUCCGCCAUGAUGGUUCCUACAGAAGUUGCCCUUCCCAUAAAUUCUCUUUACUCCACCAAGGAGCUAAAUCUGAAAAGCACAUUCAUUCCCUGAAAGUGGAAGAGGUGGUAGUGGGCCUUAGGCUGGUACUGGAAGAUGGGGUGGAUAAUGGAAGGAGGCGUUUUCCUGUGUUCUAGGGAAUUUGGAGAAGUUCUUGAAUAUUUCCAGUAUAUAUACUGGAAGCAAAUAAAUAACAACGUAAUUUUUAGAACAUUCAUUCCAUCAAAAUGAGAAAGAAAUGUCUAUAUUAUUCAGGCUAGGAAUACAUUGACUUGAAAUAUUGAGGGAAAUAAUAAAACAUGGCUUAGACUAGACUAAGCCUAGACUAAAAUGUGUUAGACUUUUGCAGAGGGGGUUUAUUUAGGAAUAUAACAUGCUGAAGGCAACAACUGGCUGGAGGGGUAUGCUGGGAAGAGACAGCAGUACAUUCUGUGCUUUGGGGGAAAAAUCCUUAUACCCCAGCUCUUUCAGAACUAAUGAAGUUUCCCUUUAUUCUGUUAUCCUUUGCUUUCAAAGUCACUGGGACAGUGUGCUCUGCUAUAAAUCCUAAGUGCAAUGUUGCCGGUUUCUGACUCUAGAAGCAAAUUACAGUUGACCACCAAUCCAAGUGUUUACUGUGUGUCCUUGCCCAAGGAAACAAAUGAUUUGUAUCUUCCUGUUCCAAUGUUUGCGCUUGCUGUGUAAUAACCUUCUUCUCCAAACCACCUUGUGGACAUCAGGAUGCUGAUCCUCACUUCCAAUUACGAUGAUGUUAAUUCUCAAUUAAAACGUUAAUGCUAAGUAUUGAUCUGAGAUCUUCUGGGUGCAUUAAAGCGAAAGAAGGUUGGCUUUUUCCAAAGCUGCUGGAUUCUUGUGCCCUAUUUGAUCUAUGGGGGGAAAAAACCCUGAAUGUCAAGCCAUUUCUGUUUCUUCUCAAUAGAGUGUGUCUACAAUGACAGUGCGUGUGCAUCAGGGGACUGUUAAAACUGAACAAGAAUCUUCACAGACAAAGCUAUGGGAAAUAGCUUUCCACAGAAUUAAUAGUGUAAGAAAAAUGAUAAAUAAAAAUGUAGCAUCUUGUUAUGACUUGAGGUAUUAAUAAAUAAUAAAAACCUCACAUUUUGGUGGUAAAUAAUUAAAGUAUAAUAACAGUAACAAUUUUGUGGAAUCCAAAGGCCUUGGAGAAUAUUUCAGUUAAUAUGCUAAGAUUUUUUUUUUAAGUGUUGAAAAGGUUGGUGUGUGAAAAGAUACAGUGAAAUAAGCUUACCCACAGGAGGAAAUUAAAUUAGGAUAAAAAUUGGGCUAUAUUUUUCUAGAAUCACUUUUUAUACUCUUCAUUGUACUGUGCAUAUUAAGGAAAGUUAAUUUAAAGUUAACAAAUAGACAAUUAUAAAGUAAUCCAGAAAAUUAAGAGAGCUCAAUAUAUGAAUCUAUGUUCUAAAUAUAAUUCUUUGUGUUUAAUAUUAUAUCACUGAAGGAAUAAAUUGAUAGAUUGUUUCAUAUGUUGGAUUAUAUUUUAAAUAGUUACAGUUAAAUAAAAUAAAAAAUAAUGUGAAUUAUCAACUGUUAAGGCUCUUCAAUUCUAAAUGGAAGCUAACAAUUUCAUGGCUAAAUGGCUCAUCUAAAAUUCCUCAACUUGUCAGCUAUGUAUUUCAGUUUUACUUGCUCUUAGCAUUAUAGUUGUUCUCUCCACUGUAUAAUCUCUCAGUAGUGGUGAAACCUAUUCUAGUAGAAUAUAUCCUGUUUGAUUUUUAUAAUUCGAAAAAUAGCCUCAUCUGUAAAUGGACUGAACACACACACUCACACACCUUUCUGCAUAUAUAUAGAUAUAUGCACUUAUAUAAUACAUGCAGAGCUAAGUGCAUGUGUAUGUGUGUAAAUGCAUAAACAUAAAAAUUUUGUAUUAAAGAAAGAUGCCCUUAUAUUAUUCUUUCAACAAAACAGGGCAUGCAUAAUUAACUUAUCACACAACAUGCAACAGAUGACAGUGUGGAUCUAUGGCUCUAAAUACCCUAUGUGAAGAAAAAAUCAUGACAACCCAAUUGCUUGGCCAUUGUCCCCUGUUAUUCUCCUUUAUGGAUCAAAGAAAAAAUUAAAGAACAUUAUUUGUUUACAUCUUAAAUUUCUUGACAGACCAGACAACAAAGACCUUCCUUUGAUUUCUGAGUAUGGUGAUGGCCUCCCAGAAAUGUUAAUACAAUGGGAGAAUAAGGCCAGUCAAACACACGAUCUCUCGAGUCUAUUUGUAGCUAGCAGUAAUGUUCUUACUACUAUUUCUCUACUAUCUCUUACUUUCUCAACAUCUUUGAGGUUAAUUCCCUUGUCAGUUAAAACCUUCUGCUCUCACAUUCAUCGUUCAGUUUCUUGCUCACCCAUUUUAUUACAAUUAAAUGUGUUAUCUCUCCUGCAGUCUUUCUUUCUACUCUAAACCCAUCCAAAUCUUAUAUAAUAACAUCAAUUUUUGUAUAAAAUGUGACUUUCCAUGCACUUCAGUUCUUCUAUUCUUUAUACCCAGAGUGACUUCCUCUUCAUUUGAGUCAUCCAUUCCAUAGCCACACAAAAGAAGGUGAUUCUAAAGCUCUUCCCCAUCCUAGACCUCAAGGUCAGACUUUCAUGUGCAAGUCUUAGAAAUUGUGCUUUAAUGAAUUUUACUGGGAUUAGAGGCAGUUGGUUGUUGGCUGAACUUUGACAGUCUUUUUUUCUUUCUUUUUUUUAAUUAGUGAGCCUUGCAAAGAAUAGUAGCCUGAGAUGGAAACAAUUUUCUAUUUUUCUUUCUUUUUAAAAUGUUAUACAUAGUGAGAUGGCAAAUUCACUAAAAACAGCUGUUUUGCAUGAAUGUUAAAGGGAUAACAAACAACUCACAGGUUCACAAUUGACUUAAGGCUUGCUCCACAGGAAGAAACUCAUAUGACUAAGAAUCAUGGCUGGGGAGCUCGUAGGCCCUAGGCAUGAACCAAGUAUCAUUAUUUUGCUAAACAGAUAUAGUAUCAAACCUCUUUCCAAAAACUUAUUGUUAUAACCAUAGAUCUAUGCAGCACCCACCACCUCAUUAGGGAAGCUUUUUUUUUUUUUCUCAAAGCAUUGUAGUUAACAAAGAGACUCACAACUGAGCAAAAUACAGAGAAUGAGUGCCCAGCUGCCAAGUGGGCAUCUGUGAGCUUUAAAUCAUGGAAGAGGGAACAGAAAGAUAGCCAGAACCAAAGGUCAUGGGGGAUGAUGUAAAACUGUCUUUGGGACAUGACAGAGCCAUUGUGCUCAUAUACUCACAGCGGUUAUGGUUGCCUGCACAACACCUGCACAAAAUCAAGCCACACAGCAUUCUACAUUGGACAAAGGAUGGGUCCAGAAGGCCCUACCUGCCACUGAAGAGUUAUCGGCAGUUGGUAGUUCUGAGAGAGGGAGAAUCAGUCUUCUUCACAGGUAUGGCUCAUUUUCCCAAUGGAUAGUCCUACAUGCUUCCAAUUAGAGUUUGGUGGAUUAAAAAGAAAAGAGGAUAUGAAGUUGGGAGGAAGAUGUGGUGGUGUGUGGUAUGAGAGGAGAUGGAGGGGAAUGUGAGCAGUGGAGAGGAUUUUAAUUCCAUGUAUACAUGCAAGAAAUUACCAAAGAAUAAGAAAGUUCUGAAAACAUAAAAAAAUGAAUAAAAUUAUGUCUUUUUCUCUAACAUAAGAGACAUUGUAUGAGAAAAGAAUCCGUUUUCAAUAAGAGAGAAAAGAAGAAAAUAAUAUAUAUCCAAUAAUCAUUGAAAUACAGUUGUUUUACAUAACUGUUAAUGAGUAAGUUGCCAGAUAAUGCUAUACUUUACCUCUGAACAUGUUUCUGCUUACUUAUUAUCCAACUUGCUGUCAUUAAAUUACUAAUAGUAUUUGUACUUAGUAACAUCCCCUUUUCCAUUUGUGUGUUAUUCCUUUGUUUCUGUUUGUUUGAACCAUGAAUUAAAAGUUAGUUAAUUUAGCUAAUGAUUAAUUAGUUUAGAUGUUCUCUUGUUCUUGAUGUUUAUCUGUCAUUUGUUAACAAUUUUAAUAAAGCAUGUUUAGCCUAUCAUAUUAUCCUCCUAUUGGAAACAUAAUAAAAAUGUAAUAGACUUACAAAAUUGUUCAGCCAUCAUUGUAAAUAAAAGAACAUUUUCAUCACCAA